CGUGCUCCAAGAAAACUUGGUAACCCUGCAGUAACACUAAAAAGCUUGAAGAAUGCAAGAAAGAACUGUCAACGUCUAGCGCGCAUGCGCCGCGCGUGGGCAUUUGCUUUGCGGUUUGGUCGUCAGUGCUACAUCGUAAAAAACAAUCCUCGCAAGUUUAUGAGGCUCGGUCGUCCUCGAACGAAAAUGCCUGGUGCCCUGAAGGUUUACGUAGCCAGAGGAGCUACCAACAUACCAAGACUCAGGCCAAGACCCCGACCGAGACCAAGAGGACGACCUCGAAUCAGACCUCGCCCUAGGCCACGUCCGAGUCCUCGAAUUAGGCCACGUCCGAGACCUCGAAUUAGACCACGUCCAAGACCUCGAAUUAGGCCUCGGCCAAGACGUAAAAGAUAUAUGUACGUCGGAGUGUACCGUCCACCACCCAGUCGUAUACUCAGACGACCAAUCAUAACAUUUAGAAGUAAAGUUAACAUACGAAGGAGAUGUGAAAAGAUAGCAAGAACCGGAAAUUACCGAGCAUUUGCCUUACGGUACGGCCGACAAUGUUACGUAGCGCGCUUGACAAGUACGAAGUUUACGAGGUAUGGGCGUUGGCGAUUGAUGAGACCUGGUGCUCUCCAAGUCUAUGUAAGCACAACUGGUAAACCUAUACGCCCCCGGCCCAGGCCACGCCCGAGGCCGAGGUUACCAGGAAGAAGAUCUGCACCCAGGUACAUUGGAAGGUACCGCACGCCUCGCAGAUUGGGAAGAGCUGUUCGCAUUUUCAGACGACGUUCGUCCACUUUACGGGAGUGCUACCGCUUGGCUCGAGCGCGAAGGGCAAGAGCAUUUGCCAUCCGUGCCGGAGUAAGUUGCUACUUGUCUAAAAUGACAUCUGUCAAGUUUACACGGCGCGGAAGGACUCGAGUAGGGGGCCUCAAAGUUUACGUGAUACGAAAAGGUACUUCCAGACCUCGGCCUCGGCCCAGGCCGUCGCGACGCAUAUGGAACUAUCGUCGCCUUGGUACCUACAAAGUACCACGAGGCCGUUCAUCUCCAGGCCGUAGAUACUUAGGCACGGUCAGACCCAAAUUAAACUCCGCCAAGCAGUGCGCUAUUAUGGCGCGAAAGGCACGAUAUCGCUAUUUUGGAGUACGAAGUAGACGUUACUGCUAUGGAGCAAACUUACGUUCACCACUAACAAGAUUUGGUAAAACGUUUAGCGUUAGAGGAAUGGUUGUUUACAAAAUUGGAAGAGGGCCUCUACGACCUCGACCAAAGACGAAAGUGUGGCAUUAUCGAUACGUCGGCCGCUACAAAUCACCCACUUCAACACGUUUGGGUCGAUUUAUUGGAAGGAUGAGAGGGAAAAGGAAAGUGUUUGAAUGCGCACGACGCGCCAAAAGGAUGGGAUACCGCGCAUUUGCUUUGCGCAACCGAGGAGAUUGUUACGUGUCAAGAUAUUCAUCAACUUACUCUACUAAACCUCGGGUGUUUGGACGCUUCAUGGCGAGCACAGGUGGAUCCCGUGUUAUAGAUGCUUAUGUGAUCAGGAAAGGGCGUUUCAAGCCUCGCCCUAGGCCUCGUAAAGGAGGCUUUGCCUGGCAUUACCGUUGGCUAGGACGAUUCAGAUCGCUAAAAGGAAGAGGCUUGGGUACGAGGCUGGGCAGGGUGACAGGGAGAAAGAAGGUGUACAGCUGCGCCCUCUUAGCAGAACGCCGAGGUUACAAAGCAUUCGCUCUACGCCGCAAUGGAAUCUGCUAUGGAACUCGAUCAUCUAGAGCAUAUAUAACCAGACCAAUAAUCAAGGGUCGCUUCAGGGCCGGCGCAGGGGGAUCGCGUUUCAUUGAUGCUUACAUGAUAGGAAAAGGUCAUUACAGACGACCGUUGAGAAAAGGAGUUAAGGGUCGAUCUCGGAAAGCAAGGCAACGAAAACGAAUGAAGCAAAUACGAGCUACGAGGAGAAGGGUAAGACGAGUAAAGAGAAAGCAGCGGCGAGUGGCAAGAACAAGAAAACUUAAAUUGAGGAUAAUAAAACGAAUCAGACGACUUAGGGUUUUGAGGAGGAAGGCGGUCCGAGUUGUUGUGCGGGUCCGUCGUUUGAAACAACUGGGCAACAUUAAACGCCUCAAGGUGGCAAGAAAAGCAAAAAAAGUCUUGGUUAAAAGAAUGCAAAAAAUUAAGAGGAAAAUAAAGAGACGCAGGUUAAGCCUGAAACUACGAUUAGUGCGAUUGAAGGCAGCAAGACAGCGAGCAAGAAUCCAGCGAGCUAGACGACGGGCCAUGAGGUCGUUGCGAUUGAGAAUGAAGCAGCGCAUGCGAAGACUGAAGUUAAUUGCUCAACAAAGGAGAGCCCGCGCUCUUCAAAUGGCCAAGCUGAAACUUCAGAGGCGGUAUCGUCAGUUAGCCAUGUUGCGCGCGCGUCAAAGAGCGCAAGCGCCGCGCAUGAGACUGUUAAUAAGGCAAAGGAUGCUUCAGAUCAAGCGGAAAAUCGCUCUGAGACAGAGGAUACUCAGAUCAAGAUACCUGAGGAGAAGACAACGAGCGUCGAGAUUACGUCUCCAGGCAUUCAGAGUCAAGGCGCGUCAACGAAGAGCGAGAGCGCAGCUUUCAGUUAUAAGGAAACAGUUGAUCAGUGUGGCGAAGAGGAUGGUGUACUACAAGAGAAAUCGGCAAUACAAAUACUUGGGGAUAAUGCGAGCCCAGAGGAGACAGCUGAUGAAACGAGCGAGUAACGCUCGAGUCCAUUGGUUCCGAUAUCAGAAGCAGUUAAAGGAGAACAAACGAAGACAGCGCAUGCUCGUUCUUAGGCAACAGCGCGCAAACAAGAGCUUCAUGCUUUUCCAAAGGAAAAAGAGAUUGUUGUUUGUCCAACAACAGCAGAAACUGAGAAAGCUUUUACAGAAGAUGAAAAGUACGCGUCGAGUACGAGUUGGCAAAAAAAGAGGAGGCAUUCUCAAGAAAAAGCCUUUGACGACGAAUUUGAAGAACUCGAAAGUCAAAGAAGCCAAUGCUGUUCCCAAAGAUUUUCGGUCGGCUGAUCUUUUCUGGUCAUUUGAAGAUGCAUCGGGCACGUACAUAUCCCAUGAUGCUGUUCAAAAGCGUCCAGCGCGGCUCAUGGGAGGAUCGCGUGUUGUCUCAGGGACUAGGCGGGGUUUGGUAGCCGACACCGGUAAAGCAAGAGGAUGGAUUUCUCUCGGAGACUUUACAGGAAAAUGCUUCAGCGAUCCAGACCACUGUAGAAAUCACGGGAUAACGAUGAUGGCUUCGCUUAAACUUGACAAGAAAUACUUUCACAAGAAAUCCAGCUCGUAUUUCUUGUCCAGCGGAGGUCAGACCACCCAGGCUCGAGGGUUCGCUCUCCUUCAUAUUCUCAACCGCUACAUCCUCAUACUCAGCACAAAAGAUAACCAGUGGAAGCUUGAAACACGCGACCUUCCAGAUGGAUGGUUCAACAUCGCCUUCUCUUGGGAGAAGAAGGGUUUACUUAAACUGUACAUAAACGGAGAGGAAGUGGCCAGGGGAGAAGCUAUGGGUGUUUCAAGUCCGAAAGAUUCUUUCUCCACGUUGCAAGUUGGAAGACCAAACAAUUCUCACUCUCCAAAGUUUAGAGUACCAUUGGAGAUAGAUAAUAUCGCUCUCUGGGAGAAAGCUCUCACAAGCAAGGAAAUAGGCACCUUGGCUGAUAAAGAUUUGAAGAAAACUUCCAAAAGAAAGGAAAAGAGAGAUUGAAAUAUAGAUCAAACAGUGUGGAAGCAAGAUUCGUCGUCACUAUGAAGAGGGAAAAGACGUUUUACAAGUUAAAACUUCUCAAUACGUUUGGUGAUAUUUUAUAUUUAUCACCUCAUCGUCGCGAUGAUUCAAUGGGAAGCUAUUAGCCGGUAGAUGACGAGUUUGUUGCUCAAGUGCCGUUCUUUUUGCGGCCAAAACACCUUGAAUCAGGGAACUGUAAUAACAAAUGAAGUGCUACGGAUAAUUCAAAUCGCCCUUAAGUCAAACUGAAGUAAUCGCAAUAGUGUUAGUUAAAGUCAGUUAAAGUUAGUUAGCUGGAGUCACGUCGGUCAACUUUAUUCCAAAAAACUUCAAAUCUGAUUCUAGCAGAAGGUUUAUUAGAUGAAUCUUUGUAAUCUGGCUACAAUAUACCUUUUUAUUUAUCAAAGUCUAGCUAUUCUAACACUUAACUUUAUUGUAUGAAGCUUUGUAUUCUGGCUACAAUAAUUUUAUAUUUUAGUCUAGCACCACAAUCCUGUUAUUCAAAUUCUCUGUCUAAAUUCUAUUGCAAUUUUUUUUGCUUUUGAUAAGACUUUUAUGCCUUAAUUUUGUUUUUUGGACAAAUGAAAAGUAGUUACUCGGCGGGACUUUGCAACACUAUCUGAAAUCAGAUUUUAGGGGUGGUUUUUCAUAACGCUGUAUGCUUUUUGCACAAUUUUGUACCGUCAGUUAGAUGUAUCAGUGUAUGGUAUUGCGGUUUGGACUGAUCAUUGGCAGAUGAAAGCAUUUGCUUUCUUCUGGUCGAGAAUAAUCCAGUAAAUGGUGUUCUAAACCUGAGAAGUUUUUGGCUUCAUAUGAUCAAGACUGAAGCGUCAGCUAAGCUAGAGUUUGUUCUUAAGCCUCGGAUGAAUAGGAGAGAGAUUAUUGAAUCAUACAGUUUAGUUUUUAGUUUUAGUUCAGUAUUACUUAUAGAGAGGUACUUACAACUCAAUAAAAAAUCACAAACCUUCAA